AUGUACCUGUAUUACACGUCAUUAGCAGUGGCCUUCCAUGCCUGGGGAACACUGGCAAGUUCAAUGGCCCCUCUGUGGCCCUUGGUCCUGGUGGCCGCCUCAGGAAUCCUGGCCAUAGAUACCCCUCAUCCCAGGAGCUCUGCUCUGCAUCAUCUCACCAAGCAGCUAUUACAAAAAUAUCGCAAGGAAGUGAGGCCAGUUCACAACUGGACCCAGGCCACCACAGUAUACCUGGAUGUGUUUGUCCGCGCUGUGUUGGAUGUGGAUGCACAGAAUCAAAAAUUAAAGACAAGUGUAUGGUACCGUGAGGUUUGGGAUGAUGAGUUUUUAUCCUGGAACUCCAGCAUGUUUGAUGAGAUUAGUGAGAUCUCCCUACCCCUAAGUGCCAUCUGGGCUCCUGAUAUCACCAUAAAUGAGUUUGUGGACAUUGAAAGAUCACCUGAUCUUCCCUAUGUUUACGUGAACUCAUCUGGGACCAUUAAGCACUCUAUGUCCAUCCAACUGGUCUCUGCAUGCAGUUUAGAGACAUACGCUUUUCCAUUCGAUAUUCAGAAUUGCAGCCUAACCUUCAAUAGCAUUCUGCACACAGUGGAAGAUGUAGACCUGGCCUUCCUGAGAAGCAGAGAAGACAUUACACAUGACCAAAAAGAAUUUUUGAAUGACGGUGAGUGGGAACUUCUUUCUGUGUCCUCAACAUACAACAUCCUGCAGAGCAGCGCUGGAGAUUUUGCACAGAUUCAGUUUAAUGUGGUGAUUCGCAGGCGCCCACUGGUCUAUGUUGUGAGCCUGCUGAUUCCCAGCAUCUUCCUAAUGCUCGUGGACCUGGGGAGCUUCUAUCUCCCGCCCACCUGCCACGCCAGGAUUGUGUUCAAGAGCAGCGUGCUGGUGGGCUACACCGUCUUCAGGCUUAACAUGUCUGAUGAGGUGCCGAAGAGUGCAGUGACCACCCCUCUAAUUGGGGUCUUCUUCACGGUCUGCAUGGCCUUCUUGGUCCUCAGCUUAUGCAAGUCCAUCCUGUUGGUCAAAUUCCUCCAUGAUGAGCAGUGCAGCCAGCGGGAGUGGACCUUCUUGUGCUUUCGAGGGGACACCGAUGCGGAAGGGUCUAGAAUGGAUCCCUGGGCCCAGCUCACUGGGGUAACAGAGUCCCCCACCUGUCAGGAGCACCAGGCCCAGCCAUGGACCCUGAGGGAAGUCUGGUCCCAGCUUCAACGUAUCAGCAGCUACUUCCAGACCCAGGACCAGGCGGACCGACAGGAGGCUGGGUGGCUGGCCCUCCUGGAGCGCUUUGACCGAUUGCUCUUCCAAAGCUAUCUUGUUAUGCUGGGGUUCUACACCAUCACCCUGUGCUCCCUCUGGGUGCUGUGGAGUGGCUUAUGAAGACCCAAGUUUGCU